AUGCCUCCAUCCGCGAUCCGCUCAAUUCGGGAGCAUCCGUACCAAUUCGCAAGAUUUCUUUAUUGUUUCAUAACACAACUCGUGCUCAUCAUUCUACAUCGGGCUCUGCUUCCAACGCAUCCACGAUAUCAAAGCUUCCGUAUCGAAGUGCAGAAAGCAUAUUCUAGCUCUACAGCGUUGUACUUUCCCACAUUCACCCAUCGCUUGCCAGCCGACUACCCAGAAGAAGACGCUCGACCAAUCACCGGUAAAGGAUGGUCCGGAUAUCUCAUUCCAGGACAGGAUCGUUCUGUCCUAUCCAAGGCCACAGACAAGGCAAACGUUACUGUCAUAUUGUUCGCACACGGUGGCGGCUAUGCGCGUGGCGAGGCGAGGAUGUACGUUCCGUACAUGAAAAGAUGGGUAGCCUGUGCAAAGUCUAAAGGUCUCGAAAUCGUCUUCUUGAGUGUAGAAUAUCCUCUCAGCGGCGAGGCUGCACACCCAGCGCAGCGGAGUGCCUUUCUCAACGCAUAUCGAUACUUGCUCGAUCUUGGAGUGCUGUCGGACAAUAUCGUGUUCAUGGGAGAUUCGGCUGGAGGUGGCAUCUGCAUCAAUUCGGCGUUGCAUGCAUCAUCGGAAAACAUGCCUCAACCAGCGGCCUCAAUUCUGAUUUCGCCCUGGAUUGACAUGUCCUUGAGUGCCUACGAAGGCGGCAAUCAAGCGGUCAUGAGUGAUUACUUCAUCAUGGCAAAUGAGGCAGUUCCUAUGCUGACCAAGGCUUUUCUGGGCAAAUAUGCUGGGACCGAUGGUGAUGCGAACGCGCUUUAUCGACCUCUGGACCAGCUUCGAGGCCUAACCCCACAAUUGAUCUUUGUCGGAGCGGCAGAAUUCGCGCUUCCAGAUUCGAAGGAUUGGGCGAGACGCUGUCGAGAAGCUGGCGUACCUCAUGAGCUUCAUGUUGAAUGGGGCCAGACUCACAUUUGGGCAAUGGGCUCCAAGUUCAUCGAGCCAGAGCUGCGCAGGAAGACAGAUGAGCGUAUCGUCGCGUGGAUAUCGACACAUGUGCAUGGCACAAAUGAGAUGGUCCACUAA